UGUGUAUGGCGUUCUAUCUAAUGCGAAUCAUAAAGAAAGAGAGAAAGCAACCUCUCCCCUUGUCAUCUCUCUCUCUCUCUCUCUCUCUCGUUUUGUUAGGUUGUCCUUUCCUUUUUCCUCUACCCCUUUCUCUCUCUUAAUCAAUUAGAAAACCCAACUCUCAGCUUGAUCCAUUUCUUUCUUUAUUUCUGCCUCUGAAACUUCAUCUAACUCAGCCAAUAAUUGAUCACCUCGACGCCAGAGCAGGAAGAAGGAGAAGAAGGCAAGAUCGAUCGUCUGCCAUGGAUGGCUCUCACUCCGAAGAACUUAAACCAGAAAAUCAGGCCUCCAAAAGAAGGAAGGUGGUUCAGAAAACUGUGGUCAGAGUGAAGAUUGAGGCAAAUGAGGGGAAACAGAGGAGUGAAGGACCGCCUUCUGACUGUUGGUCUUGGAGGAAAUAUGGCCAGAAACCUAUCAAAGGCUCUCCUUAUCCAAGGGGGUACUACAGAUGCAGCACAUCGAAGGGGUGUUCAGCCAAGAAACAAGUGGAGAGAUGCAGAACAGAUGCUUCCACGCUCGUCAUCACUUACACCUCAAGCCACAACCACCCAGGGCCUGAUCUUCCCUCCACCUCCAAGCUCACUGGUCAGGACUCCGUUAACGAACCAGAAGAAGCUGAUCAGCCCACUGAAGAUCUGCCCGUAAGCCCCAAGAAAGAAGAGGAACAGCCACCAGAGCAACAAGCAUCCCUGGUGGUCAACAGUGAUGAAGAUGAAAAAGAAGAAGAAGAUCAUUUCCACUACUCCCAGUCCCCAUUCAACAACUCCCAGGACAUCAUAAUUGGCCAGAGAGAGAACCCAUUCGAGGAAAGCCUUGAUGACUCGCCAAAAACUGUUCUACUGGAUGAAGAGCCACUCUCUUGCUCUAGCCCUCUCAUGACAUUAUCAGCUCUGAAAUCAGAAGAAAAUGAUCAUUUCUAUGAUGAGCUUGAAGAACUGCCUUCUUUUUCGUCCUUCACAAGCUUCCUUGGCAGCAGCAUCUUUGAUGAAAGGAUUCUUAUCCUUCCUUCCUGAUCUAAUAAAAAUCCAAGCUUUUUCUACUGCUUCUAGCCCUAGAGACAUGUACUUAGAUGAAUCUGUAAAUAGAUAAGAUAGCCCAAUUGUUGGUAGAUCCUACACUUGCCUCCUCCUUUCAUGGUUUUUGCUUUUUGGAUGUGGUAAUCAUUAGAGUAUUGCAGUUUCCCAAUCAAAAUCAGUAUUCCUCCACUUAUUAGAGAAAGGUUGUGUCUUUUGAUC